AUGGGUGACGGUGGUGUCCUGCUCACCGCACUUGUCCUGCUGCUGGCCGCCGUGGCUGUCUGCUGGGCCAUCGGCCACUGGCAACCACGGCGGCGGCACACACGGACAGCAGCGACGAGGAGCAAGCGCUCCCGCGUCCGGCCCAGAGGCUCUCGGAGGAAGCGAGGAGCCCCCGCGGCUCCCAGGUCCUGCGGGCCUCGGGCCACCUCUCACAAGCGGCCACGCGCUCCCGCCAGCCCCACGCGCGGCGCCUGCAGCUGCCGCCACUGCACGGCAGUGGCCCGCGAGCUGCAGGAACUGAUGCUGCUGCUCUGGGCUGGCACUGGGACACGUGUGCCGCUCUACGCGGGGAUGUGGCAGGCGCUGUGGGAAGGACUGGAGGAGCUGGGGAAGCGAGGCCACCUGCCCUGCUGCGGCUCCUUCAGAUCCUCCACAAGCCUCCGUCCCCGCAAGAGGCUGCUCCCAGCAAGACUCUCCAUCCCUGGGAGCGCCUCAACCCCUGCAAGGAUGGCACAGCAGCGGAGACCCGCCAUCCACGCAGGAGGUGCAGGCUGUCAGAGACCCUCCAUCCUGCCAGGAGCCUCUGCUAUCUCUGACAGCCUCCAUCCCUCGCAGAGGCUCAGUGAGACCUGUCGGCCUGCAGAAGGUGCAGAGCCCAUGCACAGGUCUCCCAGCUCCCUUGGGCUCACGGACUUCAAGGGCACAACCCCGAGCCUUGACGUGGCCAGGGAAAGCCCUGAAGUCCAGAUGGGAGCCCAGCCUGAGGCAGGGGAGCUCCAAGAGACCUGUCGGCCUGCAGAAGCUGGCAACAGCCCCAGCCUGGUGGUGGAGCCGAUCCUUGAGACACCAAGGAGUCUCCUCCAUCCCCAGGAAGCUGCCGCACCACGGCUCUCGACUACCUCGAAGGCCUUCGUAAGAGCAGCUGCUCCUGGGACGCCCCCGGGCGAAGCCUCGGGCUGUAGCCCCGGCCGGCCACAAGAGCUGAGCGCGGCCCACGACGCCGGGGAUAGAGACGGGCGAAAGAAGGAGCUGCAGGAGCUCUACCAGCUGGGCCCGCAGCUGGGCAGCGGCGGCUUCGGCACCGUUUUCUCGGGCGUCCGCCUCUCGGACGGGAGGCCGGUGGCCGUCAAACGCGUGGCCCGGGAGAGCGUCCUGCAGUGGGUCGAGCUGGUGACGUCCCCCGGGCGGGACGAAUCCCCAUCACCAGGGAGGCUGCCCGAGGGGCCACGGGGGCAUGCCAGGCAGGGCCCGGCGCAGCCACAGGGCAGUGUCAGGCCCGCUGUAGGCGCUGUCUCCUCCUCACAGCCCGACGGCACCUGCGUUCCGAUGGAGAUCGCGCUCAUGGAGAAGGUGGGCUCCGGCUGCCGCUUCAUCAUCCAGCUGCUGGACUGGUUUGAGCUGCCUGACAGCUUCGCGCUGGUGAUGGAGCGUCCGGAGCGGUCGCGGGAUCUCCUGCAGCUCCUGCGGGAGCACGGGUUCCUGAGCGAGGACAAGGCGCGCUGGCUCUUCUGCCAGGUGCUGUGCGCCGUGCAGCACUGCACCGCCUGCGGCGUCCUGCACCGGGACAUCAAGCCGGAGAACCUCCUCGUGGACCCGGCAUGCGGAGAUCUGAAGCUGAUUGACUUCGGCUGCGGCACCUUCCUCCAGGAGCGAGCCUUCACGCGAUUUGCCGGUGAGCCGAGAGCCCCAGCCCGGGCCCUGCUCCCGGUGCCGGGCACUGCACGGCCCCGUUCCCUCCUCGGCCGUGGCCGUGGGGGGCGGCGUUCAGCCGGCUGCCGCCAGCCCUGUGGCACGGGGCGGAGCCGUGUCCCAGGAGCCGGCUGCCGGCCCUGCCCACACAGGAGGGGGGGCCGCCAAAGCCGGGCCCCGGCCGCUCGGCUCGGCAGCCCCGCGAGGGCUGGGGCUGCCCCGUCGGCCUUGUCUGCCUUGCAGAAGGGGUUCUUGGCUUGGGCCGGAGGGCGCGGAGUGGCCUCGGGGGUGGGGGGAGGUUGUGGCCGGCAGUGCAGCCCCUGCCUCUGGCAGGAGGCUGGCGCCAGGCUCUGGAAGGCAGCAGCCUGCGGCUGGACAGCGCUGCCUGUGUCCCCUAGGAACACAGGCGUACAGCCCGCCCGAGUUGGUCGCCAUGGGCUGCUACCGCGGCGAUUCGGCCACCGUGUGGUCCCUGGGCGUGCUGCUGUACGCAAUGGUGUGCGGGAGCCUCCCCUUCAAGGACAACCGCGCCAUCGUGCUGGGGCAGCUCUUCUUCGGGCCGCAGGUCUCUCCAGGUUGGUACCCGGCCUCAAGCGGGCGGCUUUGGCAGACGGCAGCGCGCAGCCCGGCGCGGCCCUCCCGCAGCUCCGCGGCCCCUGCCCUCAAGGGCCGGCCGCAGGCAGGAGGCGGCCCGUGCCGCCGGGCUCCGUGUGGCACACGCCGCCUGAAGGAGGGGGCCGUGUCCCGCCGGGCCGCCCUCCCGCACCGGGCACCGGCGGCGCUCUGGGCCCGGCGCGGCUCUGAGCACACGCAGCACGGCCCGGGCCCCGCGGGCGUCGGGGGGCGCCGGGCACGAGCCUUCUGCAAGUGACCGCCGCUUUCUGCCUCCUCUCCGCAGAGUGCCAGCACCUCAUCUGCUGGUGUCUGUCCAAGCACCCCGCGGACAGGCCACAGCUGGAGGAGAUCUUGCGCCACCCUUGGCUGCGGGGCUGGCGGUUUUGAGGCCUUGCCAGAGCCUCUGCAGCACCCAGGUACCCGGGCCCAGGCAGGACUCAAUAAAAGACAAAAACACCAAACCAACCACAAACCAAAAAAUAAAACAACCACCAACCCAUUCCCGGCUGUCAGGUCUGGUGCUAUUUGGGACCAUUUCCACUCCGAGCCGAGCCCCAAUGUCCCCUCAUAAUGACCGCCAGCUUGAGGGAGGAGCCGCCAUUUAAGGGAAGCCGUGAGGGGCAAGCAGUCACCCCGCAAAGAAAUGGGGGUAAUCUGGGAAAACACCCACACAUAUCAAACACCCACCAGCUCCCCGAGUGAGGAGGGACCCUGGCAACUCCCAGAGUGACGCCAGCUCCUCUGGUCACUUUUGAAACGUCACCCCCGAAGGGCACGGGAGCAGGUGAUUCCCCAAUGUCAGCAGGCAAGCAGGUGAGGCAGAAGGCUGGCUUGCCUGAACAGGCAUCUUCUCUGGGAAAUAGCAUGGAAAAGGAAGCUGUGUGCCCAGUGGAAAGCAGGUCACAGAUGCUUCUUGCCACUGAAGGGAGAGAUUUGGUGUGGCGAAAGCUCAGCUGGAGAUGAAGGUGGCCAGAAAUGUGAGGCACAAUAAAAAGCAGUGUUUUCAAAUACAUUAAAGGGAAAAAAAAUCAUUGUAAAAGUAACAUUGUCCCCUACCAGGAUGUGGAUGGUCACCUCACAGACAGGGGCAGAGACACGGUACAGGUGUUUAAUGCAUUCUUUGCCUCUGUCUUCAACACUCAUCCCUCCCUUCCCAGUGGAAAACGGUGCAUUGUAGCAAGGGACACAGCAGAGUUUUGGAAGAGGGCAAGCCCUGCUCAGCAGAAACCAAACCACCCCUGUUUGAUUCACAGCAUUCCCAUCCAAGCCCAACACAGGCCAGCUUCUUGGAAGAAAGGAAGCCUA